UUUAAAAUUUUUCCGCACAACUACAAACAAACAUUUCACGCACACACUCAAAAAAAGCUCACCUACACAAAAUGCCAGAGUUUUUCUUCAGAUGUUCGUAUGAUAUGUCUGAUGGAGAAACGCGUCACGUGCCGUGUCCAUUUGGAGGGGCUUUCGGAAUUCAGGGGCGCGCGCGUUUGUCGUGUUGACAAGAAUUUCGAUUUUUUCUCUUGAUAAUCGGGAAAAUCAAUAGAUUAGAAAACAUUUAUGUGAAAUUACUGCAAAAUUAGAAAGAAAAUAUGGGGAAUAAACAAUCCCUGCAGAAGGAUCUGGAGAUUGAGGAGAAGGCAACGGAGGUGUCUGACUUCUGGUCAGUAUUUGCUGGUGAGAUUAAGAUGGAUUCCCGAACAUCCCUCCUGACAAUCUUCGAGGGAGAAUUGAUCGUCAAUAAAAAUCAACUGUGGAACACCAACAAUCCCCUCCUGAAGGCCAGCAAGAACUUGAUGCUCUUCAGGCAUCCUGCAAUCCUCAAGUACGUUGCAUCGUGGGACAAGGGAACACUCAAGUGUCUCGCCACGGAGAGAUGCAAACCACUGUCUCUGGCAAUAAAGACACAGAAUCCCCUUGAGAUUUGCUUGGGCUUGAGAAAUAUCCUCAAUGCACUGAUAUUCCUUGUGGAGCAGGGAAAGAUGAGGCACCUAAAUGUGUGCUUUUCAUCGAUUUACAUAACAAAUGACGGUGUCUGGAAGCUGUUUGGGUUUGAAUACCUGUGGCCAGCGGGGGAGUUGACAAAUGACAUCCUGGAGCAAUCUCUUCAUUACAGAUACAGUGGAGCUGUUUGCAAGGAAGAGUUAAAGCACAAUGGAUUGGGGAUUGAGCAAUAUGGGUUUGCGACGCUUUGUAAAGAAAUUUUCGAGAUUACCAAUCAAGAUGAGAGGACACCUUUCCACGAAGACUUCAAGCAAUACUGCACAAAUCACCUGCAGCAUGCUAAUCCAAAUCUACGUCCGGAGUUGUCAGCUGUUCUCCUACAUCCCUACUUCAAUCAGGACUUCAUUCUCAUCCAUUCAUUCCUCAGUGAGGUCCCACUCAAAGAUGCAGCGGAGAAGCAGCAAUUCUUCACAGAUCUCAUUGAUAAAUUGAAAACAUUCGAUGAAGUAGACGUGGCCAUACAUUUGAGUGAUUUUCUCCUUUCCCGUAUUGUUCUACUGGAUCCAACAGCACAAAUCUACGUCACUCCAUUCGUCCUUGAUCCCAAAUGUGAUGACAUUGUCCCGGGAGUCUUUAGCACGGGGACUUUCGUGAAGUUUCUAAUUCCAAAGCUGAAAAAGGUGUUUUGUGUGCACGACGUACAAAUACGCCUAAUACUGCUUGAACAUUUCCACAAAUUCAUGUCACUCUUCUCCGAGGAGGACCUCACGGGAUUAAUCCUGCCACAAUUACUUCUAGGCAUAAAGGACACAAAUGACAUUUUGGUCUCAAUGACCCUACGCUGUUUGGCGGACUUGGUGGCAAUUUUGGGAGCUACCGUGGUCAUUGGGAAGAAUCGAAGCAGAUUGUUCGCCGAUGGACGUCCACAGCGUGUUCCAGAGGCACCAAUGCAUCACUGGGGAGAACCACGUUCCAUAUCUCCCGUCAUUGAAUCUGCAGGGCAAUUCUCAUCCCACAAUAUGGUCAUUCGGGAUCAUACUGACCUCAGUCGUGCAUCCUUUGUGGGUGCAAGCAAUGAAAAUCUCUCAGAGAGACUCUCACCCGAUGGCGGUGAAGCUGGUGAGGAAGGAGAUAAAGAUGACUACCAGUGGAGUGAUUGGGAUGGAGAAAAUGCCAAAACUCCCGAUCCUGCAGCUCCUGAAAGUACCCAAACCCCAUUACAGGAGGAACCAUUGACGAAAACAUCAGAUACUGAGGCUGAAAUUGUAAAGUUGGACAUGAAGAUUGUAGCAAAAGCUAAAUCACCUACAAGUGAAGAAGUAGAUUUCUUCAAGGACAUGGAACCCGUGAUUGCUAAAACACAAGUUCUUGUGAUUGCUGAUGAGGAGAAGACAAAAGAUAAUGCCUCACAAGCACCUAGUCGACUUCAGGCUGAUUUAAGUGAGAAUAUAACUGAAGAGGGUUGGGGGGAUGAAAGUGAUUGGGAGUAAUUUUUUUUUAUGGAUUUAUAAAAUCAAAAUUCAGAUAUGAAUGAAAAUUUUGUUUUUUCGUUUAAUCUGCACAAUAAAGGUGAUUAAAAAAAAUUAA